UCUUGUUUUUAAUUCCUUCAAACUCUUUCCAUUAAUUAUGGCUAAAAUAUGUCCAGAAUUAAUGUUACAACAAUCUUCUUCUUGUUGUUAUGUUACAUCCAUAAAAGAAACAUUUACUGUAUGGAUGCAAUCAUUAUUAUUCCAUGGAAAUGGUUGUACUGUUUUUAAUUCGAAAGGUGAAAUUGUAUUUAGAGUUGAUAAUUACCAAGAAAGUUGUAGAAAUGAAAUUUGUCUUAUGGAUUUCAAAGGCCAAGUUCUCGUCUCCAUUAAAAGAGAGAAACUAAGAUUAUUUGGUCGUUGGAAUGGCUAUAAUUCAUAUGGUGGAGUUAAAGGAAAGCCAUUAUUUCAAAUAAGAAGAAAUUAUGAUAUUUUUUCAAGAGAAAAUGUCAUAUGUGAUUUUGGUUAUGAUGAAAAUAAUUUAGGAAUUAAUUGCUACAAAAUUCAACAAUUGGAUAAAAAAUCAUCGUAUAAAGUUACAAAUUCAAUUGGCCAAGUUGUUGCUGAGGUAAAUCAAAAGCAAUCAUCAAGAGGAUUUGGCUAUGGUGAAGAUGUGUUAACCCUAGAAGUUGAACCCUAUAUAGACCACUCAAUAAUUGUUGCUCUUGUAACAAUAUGUGAAUUGUGAUACAUGGCAAAUUAUAAACAAUAUUAAUUAUUACAUUAUGUUAA